CAAGGCAGUGGAGGCCGAGGCUAUGAUGGCGGCGACAGCGGCGGCUCGGCUGCGGGUGGGGACGCGGCGGGUUGCAGUCUUCUGGCAGAUGCGGUGGCUGCCGCUGUUGCUGGUGGCGUUGGCGGCGGCGGCGGAGCAGCAGGUGCCGCUGGUGCUGUGGUCUAGUGACCGAGGCUUGUGGGCUCCUGCUGCCGACACCCACGAGGGCCAUAUCACCAGCGACAUGCAGCUCUCCACCUACUUAGACCCCGCCCUGGAGCUGGGCCCCCGAAAUGUGCUGCUCUUCCUGCAGGACAAGCUGAGCAUUGAGGACUUCACGGCGCACGGUGGCGUGUUUGGGAAUAAGCAGGACAGUGCCUUUUCUAACCUGGAGAAUGCCCUGGACCUGGCCCCCUCUUCUCUGGUGCUUCCUGCUGUCGACUGGUAUGCGGUCAGUACUCUGACCACUUAUCUGCAGGAGAAGCUUGGAGCCAGUCCCCUGCAUGUGGACUUGGCCACCCUGCGGGAGCUGAAGCUUAAUGCCAGCCUCCCGGCCUUGUUGCUCAUCCGCCUGCCCUACACAGCCAGCUCAGGUCUGAUGGCGCCGAGGGAGGUCCUCACAGGCAAUGGGCUUGGCAUCAGGGAGUCGACGACUGAGGCCACAGAUGUCCAGGAGGAGGCUGGGGAUGAGGUCAUUGGGCAGGUACUGAGCAUGCUCAAGUCCGAAGAUGUCCCAUACACAGCAGCCCUCACAGCACUCCGCCCUUCCAGGGUGGCCCGCGAUGUAGCCAUGGUGGCUGGUGGGCUAGGUCGCCAGCUGUUGCAAAAACAGCCAGCAUCGUCUGUGAUCCAUCCUCCUGUGAGUUACAAUGACACCGCCCCCCGGAUCCUGUUCUGGGCCCAAAACUUCUCGGUGGCAUACGGGGACCACUGGGAGGACCUGACCUCCCUCACGUUUGGGGUCCAGGAGCUCAACCUGACCGGCUCCUUCUGGAAUGAUUCCGUUGCCAAGCUCUCGCUGACCUACGAACACCUCUUUGGUACCACAGUGACAUUCAAGUUUAUUCUGGCUAACCGCUUCUACCCGGUGUCCGCCCGACACUGGUUUACCAUGGAGCACCUUGAGAUCCACAGCAACGGCUCCAUUGUCUCCUUCAAUGCCUCCCGGGUCACGGGGCCCAGCAUCUACUCCUUCCACUGCGAGUAUGUCAGCACUUGGAGCAAGAACGGCAAUAUCCUUGUGCCCCGCAUGCAGCCCUCUCUCUGGCAAAUCACGCUUCAGGACUUCCAGAUCCAGGCCUUCAGUGUGACAGGUGAGCAGUUCUCCUACGCCAGUGACUGUGCCGGCUUCUUCUCUCCUGGCAUCUGGAUGGGGCUGCUCACCUCCCUUUUCAUGCUCUUCAUCUUCACCUAUGGCCUGCACAUGAUCCUCAGCCUCAAGACCAUGGACCGCUUUGAUGACCACAAGGGCCCCACCAUCUCUUUGACCCAGAUUGUGUGACCCUGUGCCCAUGGGGGGUUGAGGGCAUGAUGUGUCCAGGUUGUUGCUUUCCCACCCUGAGGCAUGCUGGACUGAAGGGCUUCCCCUCUUCCUACUAUAGUGUGAACCCACAGCUCCCCUCAGUCUGUCUUGCUCCCUGUUCAACUGAGGGGCUUUCCUGGGGCUGCCCACCCCCCAUCUCUACCAAGAAGAUGUAUAUAUUCUGCAUUGCUAGUAGAAAAAUCUCCCAGGUUUGGGCAUUGUGAGGGGAGGGGACCUGAGUUCUAGGGCCCCUCCUCCUCCCCCUUUCUCCUUAUUUAUUCUCAUCUCUCUGCCUUCACCCCUUGCUGUUUAUAGUGCUUUUGUGGCCAGUGCUCCCUCCCCACGCUUUAUGGGGCUCCCUGCAGCAGCCAGGAGCUGGAGGUUCCCUAAGUUUGGGGGUGCUGAAGUACUAUUUAGCUGUCUGUCCCACUUGGCUGGUGUUAUUGUUUUUUGGUGAUGUUGUGCUAACAAUAAACAGUACACUGGGGUUUAUUUCUGUGGCCUGAUAAGGAAGGGUCUUCCACGGCAGGUGGGCUGGGUAUGAUCACUGGGUUUCUGGCAUGUUGCCGCCAGGAGUGCCUGGCAGGAGCCUGGGGUACUCGGUGGUUUCCUUCCUAAUAAAAUAAAGACGGGUCGCCAUG